CCCGGAAACGGAAAAUAAAAAAGGGGACGUGUUUGUCAGAGGGACGCGUGGAAGGGGUCGCGCUUAGUUUUUCAGCGAUGUUCCCGAGAGUCUCGGCGCUUCUACCUCUUCGGCCCCUGUCCCGAGUCCCUUUGCCCCGUGGAAGCCCAGAGGCGUCCGAGGCUGCAAUUUUGCCACUUGCUGCUCCUCGCGGAACGGUCAGAACAAAAAAUAUCCAAAGAUAUUUUGGUACCAGCAACAUGAUCAAUAGGAAGAACGAUGAGAAGUCUGGUCCAGCUGACAAGAUUUCUAAAACACCUUCAAAGAACCAAGACAUCGUAAAAGAGGAUGGGAAAAAAGACAUAUUAGGCAUUAUUAAAGGCAUGAAAGUUGAAUUAAGCACAGUGUGUGCACAAACAACAAAGCCACCCAGCAGAAAACCACUUAGAAAUGUUGGGGCAGUUGGCAAGCCCCUAAGAGCUCCAGAAGAUGCUUCAGAGAAGCGAAAUGAGCCCUUAAGCCCUGCAUUGGUGGCAGCUGCAUCUGCUGUUGCAGCUUCUCUCCCUUUUGACAAGCAGAUGACCAAGUCGGAGCUGCUUACACGGCUGCAGCAGCAUGAGCAAUACUCAGUGUCACAGAAACAGGGAGAGAAAGCUAAAAUCAGUUUCAGCAACAUUAUAUCAGAUAUGAAAGUUGCCAGAUCUGCUAAAGCUAGAACAUCAAGACCAGAGCAUCAGAUUCAGUUUGAUGAAGGAUUUGACAGUUCUCUUGGACGGGAGAUAAUAGCUGAUCUUAAAAAAAGUCUUAAGAAAGAUUUAUUCAAAGGGAAGAGACUUAAUAUUUUUGAUAUGGAGCAAUUUACUGAAGAAGCACCUCAAACAGAGACUUCACCUUCUCUCUGGGAUGUGGAAUUUGCAAAGCAGUUAGCCACAGUAAAUGAACAGCCCUUUCAGAAUGGGUUUGAAGAAAUGAUCCAGUGGACAAAAGAAGGGAAACUGUGGGAGUACCCAAUUAACAAUGAAGCAGGUUUUGAUGAUGAUGGUUCAGAAUUUCAUGAACAUAUAUUUCUGGAUAAAUACCUGGAGGAUUUUCCAAAACAAGGACCAAUUCGCCACUUCAUGGAGUUGGUGACUUGUGGCCUUUCCAAAAACCCAUAUCUGAGUGUUAAACAGAAGGUUGAACACAUAGAGUGGUUCAGAAAUUAUUUUAAAGAUAAAAGGGACAUUUUAAAAGAAAAUAACAUACAGUUCAACUAAGACCUUAGAGAUUUUUAUUUCAAGCUUUUGGAGAUGGAGAUUAUAAUGAAAUAAAAUAAUUCUACUAGUUUUUAUGUUAAUUAUUACAUCUGAUUUGUCUGAUAUAUGUCAUAAAGAAUCCACUUGUCAAAAAUAGGCUUUUGAAAGGAAAGUUUAUUCCAGUGAACAGAGACUGAAAUCAGGAGAUUCUGGGCUAUCUGGGAAAAGCCGAGUUUCUCACAUCUGUGUGUGGAUGGGCUGACAUUGGGAGAGAGAGAUAGUGGCAGCUAGCUGGGAGAGAUUUCAUCCAUGAGUGGAUGGGCUAACACCAGGAGAGAGAGAGAGAUAUUAGCAACUAACUGGGAAAGGAAUUAGGCUUAUAUAGGUAUUGGAGGGGCUAAGGAAUCUGGGGUGAAAUAUUUAUGACUUGGAUGCUCAAGGAUGGUCUGCUCAGGUGUGUACAGUUACUGGACUUCUCUGCACCAAGGGCAUUGUAUACUACAUUUUGAGUCCAUUUGCACUAUUUACUGGGAAGCUGCUGUUGUUUGCUAAAAGCAGCCUGUUUGCUUUGUCCCAUUUGUUUGUGAAGAACUCACUUAAGUCAUGCCUGAUAAUAUAAAUGUUAGUUUUUAAAAUAUGAUGGUACCUAAAAAAUACCCUUCUAUGGAGAAAAGUCCAUUCAUAGGUUUUAAAAGAAUCUCUGAGAAUUAGUGGUAGGUUUAAGACAACUACACUUAACUUUUUUCUUUUCACUCAGUGCCUAUACUUCUUUGAAAUACAGUGUAAUUAUUAGCUGUAUAUCUGAUAACACCAAAGUACUUGUGCUAGUCCUUUUUUUUUUUUGCUACUACAGCAAAAUACCAGGCUUACUUUACAAAGAGAAUAGAUUUAUUUAGCUCACAGUUUUGGAGACUGAAAGUCCAAACAGCAAGAUUGGAGCUCUGGCAAGGAAAUCACAAAUGUCAGGAACAUGUGUGGGAGGAAGAGAUCACACCCUGAAAAGGCGUCUGGAGAAGUGGGCUCCCACAGUCCCUGCUGAGGGCCCUGAUGACCUCAGGAGCCCUACUAGGCCCAGCUUCUUGAAGCACAUACUUCCUGCAGGGAGGACCAAGCCUUCAGUAUAGGAACCUUUGGGCAAAAUGCUCAAACAUAUCCAAAUCUCUGCAGUGCUGUUUGUAAUAGCAUUGAUUUGACUUGUAGACAUGUCUAUAUGCAUAAAUACAUGGUUUUUGUGUAUUUGCAUAUAUAUUUAUAUUUUAUAUAUUUCACACUGACUUACCCUCAUCUAAAUCUGUAUCACUGUAAAGAAGUAACCUUGGCCAAGCAUGGUGGUGCACACCUAUAAUCCCUGAAUUUGGAAGGCUGAGGCAGGAGUACCACGAGUUCAGGGCCAGCCUGGGCUCCAUCGUGAAUUCAAGGCCAGCCUGAACUGCAUAGUGAAACCCUGGCUGAAAAAAAAGUAACCUUGUAGAAGUAAGUGGCUUAUUAUCUAGUCCCUUCUAAUACUUUUAAGUCUUUGUCAAAAUUAAAACUUUAUUUUCCUUUAUGGUGUUUAGCAGUGACUGUACAACUUGAAAAAAUAAAGAUUCUUAAAAAACCU